AUUUGUUCUUGAAUCAACUUGUGUUUGAAUUCCGCGCUUUCACAAGUUAAGAUUGAUAUCAUUGAGAGAUCCUCACGGGUUUUACAAUUGGUAUCAGAGCCAUUGAAGCCAUUCAAGGGCUCGGUUUUGAUAUCAUUCGGAUUCAAGAAUUUUCAUAUAUUACUGAUCCGGUUUUUGUUGAGUGUUUUUGCAGAAAUAUUUAUUAUAUGUUCUUGACAGAAUCAUCGAAAAAACCACUGAUUUUGGUUUGUUGAUUUCAGUCUUGGUGUUUGCUGAUUUUUCGGGAAUUCGGUGGUCAACAGAUUCAAAGAUUACAAUAUCUUUGAAUUUUGGAAAUUGCUGAAAAGUAGGGAUUGCGAGUAAACAGAUCUUAUCACUUAUUGUUUUGCAGGUUACGACUCGCAAUCACUCAGUUGCGGUUCAUCACGCUCAGUUACGACUCGCAACCAUUGCUGGUUUCGGUUCAUCACGUUCAAUUACGACUCGCAAUCAUUGCUGGUUUCGGUUCAUCUUGCCUCAGUUACGACUCGCAACCAGCAGUUUGAUCUUCACUCGCAACCGUGGUUUCGGCUCAUCCUGUCUUGUUACGACUCGCAACCUCUUCGGUUACGACUCGCAUCCACAGUUGACUUGACUCGCAACCAUCUCCAUUACGACUCGCAACCCAGUUUCGACUCGCAACGACAGUGUGUUACGGACAUUUGGACUGUUGACUUUGGACUUAAUAAAAUCAAUUAAUUAAUUAACUGAUUAAUUAACCAUAUCAUCGAACAACAGUGAACUGUCUGCCCUAACUCAACAACAAGAACUGGACUCAAAGCUUGGAACUACAACACGUAUUCCGAGAUUAACUGAUGCUAAUGACUUUCCCGAGUGGAAGUGGCGCUUUGAACAGCAUCUGAAGGUUAAAGAUUACAAGCUAUGGCGCAGUAUCUUGAGAGGACCUAGGGAGAUUAUGAUGGAAAGUCCUACAGAACCAGAUGUCAAAAUUAAAAAGCCUCGAGAUAAAUACACUGAAGAUGAUUUGCUCAUUGUUGAAGAAGAUGAUCGUGCUCUUUCCUACUUAACUAUGGGUUUAGGUCCUGAUAUUGCUAUUGGCUUUCGCUCCUGCAAAUCUGCCAAAGAAUUGUGGGAUUCUCUGAUUGAAGUGUAUGAAGGAAACGAAGACAUGAAAGAGAGCCGAAGAAACUUGCUGCAACAAAACUUCAACAAUUUCAACCAUAUUUAUGGUGAAACAAUAGAUAAUCAGAUUCAGAGAUUCGUGAAGCUAGUCACUCAAAUGCAAAUGGAAGAGAUUCAUACAACUAAUGCAUCCUCCAAUCGACAACUUCUCAAUGCACUGCCUAAGAGUUGGGAUCAUCAUGUUGCAAUGAUCAAGAAGACAAAAGACUUAGCUAGAUGUACUCUGUCUGAGAUGAUCUCUCACAUCAAGGCAUGCGAACUGGAUGAUAAGCAAAGAGAAACGAAUUACAAGAACAGUAUGCUAGCUGCCGGUUUCUCCAUUGCUCCCGCCUCUUCCAACAACAACAACACAGCCUUACUGUCUCAAGGAGGUUUUCAGAUGUUUCGCAAUAAUUCAUCCGCUUCUCAAAUUUCAGCAAAGGGGCACUCACCUGGAUCCUCAAAUCAAGUUGUUUCCUCAGCGUCUACUGUUACUUCUCCUUCAAUUCAAAAUGCUGGAAAUGUCUCUACUGUCGCUCCUACUUCUGCCUUCGCUGCAAACAACGAAAUGAUAGCCUUCUUCGCCAGUCAAUCAAAAGAAAAACUGGAAAUAGCAGCUUCAGUGAUCAACUGUUUGAAUGCUUUCAUUGCAGGAAAGCUUGAUCCACCAAAGUGGAGUCCUAAUGAUCUGUCUCAGAUUCAUCCAGAUGAUGUUGAAGAAAUGGAUAUCACUUGGCAGAUGGCAAUGGCUGCUUUCAGAGCUCAAAAGUUUGUGAGAAAAACAGGUAAAAACAGGUGGGGAAAUGCAUGGAAUGGAGCUGCUAAAGUGCCCUUUAAUCUUUGUUGUUUCAACUGUCAUGAGGAAGGACACUAUGCUCGUAACUGCCCAAAGCCACUUGUAAACAGAGAUCAAGCUUCUGCAGAAUUAGCGCAACCAGCAACACCUGGUCAACCUGCAACUCCUAAUCGAGAAAGGGCUCUUGUGACCACUACCAGUAUAGCAGAUGCUGAAGCUUCUGGAAGUCCACAGCCGCAAGGAUUAGCACAAGCACUGGUGGUACAGCCCAACAUUCACUUUGAUUGGUCUUCAGAAAUUGAGCGUUUGAACAUAUCAGCUCCAGAGAAUCAAACUGCUACAUCCAACAUUGCUUUCAUGACCUCAAGCGAACAUAGCUCUAAGCCAGAGGAAGAGACUGCAGCUGAUGAUUUUGCAUUCAUGACUCAAAUCCUGUCAGCACCUGUCAAAGGUCUCACGAAAGAAGAGAUGAUAGCUCUGAAGUAAAAUGUGGUGAUGUUCAUGGGAGUGAACCAGUCGUUAUUGCAAAUGUGUCUGAACCUUAUUUUGAACAUUAUUCUGAACCUACUGAGUCUGACAUUGCUUUUACUAAUUCUUUGUUUGCGUCGUUUUCUGCUUUCGUUUCGUCUCGUCUUGUGAGCCUGUUGUUUUGGGCAAAACUGAUAAUGUUUGUGUGGAUGAUUUGAACAAUAAGUGUGGUGAUGAAUGUUUUUCUUCAAAUGCUUGUGAUACUAACAUACCAAA